AUGGCGGGGGAGAUAGAGCGGGCGCAGUGCUUGGAUGAGUACGAGAAGCUCGUCACGCGGAUGAACAAUCCCAGGUGAUCUAUCUUGAUCCAAUCUCCAGUUGUCCGUCGUCUGUCGCCUCUCCUCCCUCACGCUGGAAUCAUGAAAUCUCGCUCCUACAAUCGCCGCUCCGAAGGAAGGAGCGGAUCCUUCCCUUUGGACGUCUGGAUUGCAGGUCCCACCGUGGAUGCUGUUCUGCGGUGUCUUUCCCAUCCUCGGUUGCUUACUGCUCUUUGUUCCUUCCAGGGUUGUGAUCGACAAUGACGUGUGCACCUCCGCGACGCUGAUAAAGGUAGACAGCGCCAGGAAGAGCGGCGUCCUCCUUGAGGCCGUCCAGGCCCUCACCGAUCUGAAUCUGUCAAUCAAGAAGGCCUACAUAUCCUCCGAUGGCCGUUGGUUCAUGGACGUCUUCCACGUGACCGACCAGUUCGGUGCGAAGCUCAUCGACGAGAGCAUCCGAACUUACCUCGAACAGGUGCCUAACAAUUUCUUUAUGGAUGAGUCUUGGCAGUUAGAUUCUCCUCCUUUUCCUUCUGGUUAUUUCUUAGGAUAAUUGUCUCAAUUCUCUUCCUCCAGUCCCUGGUAGCCGGGAACGACAACAGAAAGUUGGAGGGCUUCAGUAAUCAUCUGACUGCUCUGGAGCUGACGGGGUCGGACAGGCCGGGUAUUUUGUCAGAGGUCUUCGCCGUGCUGGCCGACCUUCAAUGCAAUGUCGUGGACGCCAAAGUUUGGACGCACAACGGCCGCGUCGCUUCCCUGAUGCAUGUCAAGGACGAGGACUCGGGGUCCAUCAUAGAGGACACCCAAAAGAUCCAACGGAUUGAGAGGCGUCUCCACAACGUCCUGAGGGGGGACGGCGACAACGUUCCCGCCAUCGCCAGGGUUGUUGCCGUAUCUUCCCUUGCAGUUGCUCACGCGGAGCACAGGCUCCACCAGAUGAUGUCUGCCGAUCGCGAGUCCGGCCAAGCGGCGGAGGCGACAGCAUCGUCGUUGUCACCGUCACCGCCGCUUGUUUCGGUUCAGAACUGGAUCGACCGGGGUUACUCCAUCGUGAACGUCCAGUGCCGCGAUCGCCCGAAGCUGCUGUUCGACAUUUUGUGCACCCUGACGGACAUGGAAUACGUCGUAUUCCACGGUACAAUUGACACCGUCGGCGACCGAGCGUAUCAGGUUGUGCCUUCUAUCUUUCUCUUUUUUAGAUUACUGUUAGUGACGUUCACGAAGUGUCUCCACUGGUUCUUUUAGUCCUUCGCUAACAUAUCUUGUUCUCGCGGCGGGGUGGAUCAUCUUCCUCAGGAAUUCUAUAUCAGGCACGCGGACGGGAGUGCUAUUAGUUCGGAGACCAGUAGGCAGAGAGUGAUCCAACGUUUGCAGUCUGGAGUCGAGAGGCGAUCACACCGAGUAUGAAUUCUUCUGCCUCUGACAAAUUUCUGCCGUGAUCCGUCCUUGCAUCUGAUCCCGAAAAUUUCUUCCGUUAGGGGUUGAGGUUGGAGCUGUGCACGGUGGAGCAGCGUGGUCUCCUAUCCGAGGUCACCCGGGUGAUCAGGGAGAAUGGUCUCUCCAUCACCGGAGCGGAGGUGUCGACCAAGGGCGCCAUGUCCUGCAACGUCUUCUACGUCACGGACGUCACCGGCAACCCAGCAGAAGCCAGGGCGAUCGAGGCAGUCCGACAGAGGAUCGGCCUCGGGAGACUUGUCAUAAAGGAGCCUCCGACGCGCCUCCCCGCUUACGGAAGCUCCAACUGUCCGGAUCCCGGCGAAGAGACCGGCAGCGGCGCCGGACUCCUCUACAUUGGGUCCCUGGUGAAGAGGAAUCUCUACAACCUCGGCCUCAUCAGAUCCUGUUCUUGA